CGCGCCCCGGGCCCGGCAUGGUGCUGCGCGGGGCGCGCUGAGGGGCACGGCGGCGGGCGCUGCCGCGGAGCGGCCGGCGGGCAGGAUAUUAAAAAACAAAUUGCAUGGAUCAAAAUAAGGCUCUCUUGUGACCUCCUCACCUCAAGGGCCUGCAUUGUACAGAACCAACUCCAGUUUCCAGCCAGCUGCGUAUAGCACUGAAGGAAAAUGAACAUAGUGAGCAGGCACCACUCUUUGUGCUUUCUGCCUACCAUACGCCUUGUCAUCUUACUAGCAGCUCUGACAACUGCUGAGGAUGUGACUAACAGCACUUUCAACCGCACUGGCACAAACACAGGAUCUGUGCCUGUGGUCAUCUCCCACAUCGACCACAUCAUAGUCAAGGAGGGGUGUAGUGCCUUGAUUGACUGCAAUGUCCAAGGUAGCCCUAGUCCACAUUACAGAUGGUACAAUUCCAACGGCCGCCUGCUCCAAGAGGAAGAGAAUAAAGCAGGAAAAUGGUGGUUUCUUGACAAUGGGCUCCUCAACAUUACCAGCGUGUCUUUUGAAGACAGAGGUAAAUACACGUGUGUCGCAUCCAAUAUGCACGGCAGCGUUAACAAUACUGUGACUCUGAGGGUCGUCUUUACUUCUGGAGAUAUGGGAAUCUACUACAUGAUUGUCUGCCUUGUAGCUUUCACCAUUGUUAUGAUACUGAACAUUACGCGGCUGUGCAUGAUGAGCAGUCACCUGAAGAAAACGGAGAAAGCAAUCAACGAUUUCUUCAGAACAGAAGGAGCAGAGAAACUCCAGAAAGCCUUUGAGAUUGCAAAACGUAUCCCAAUUAUCACUUCAGCCAAAACGCUCGAGCUUGCCAAAGUAACACAGUUCAAGACCAUGGAAUUUGCUCGCUAUAUCGAAGAGCUUGCUCGGAGUGUGCCUUUGCCACCUCUCAUCAUGAACUGCAGGACUAUAAUGGAAGAAAUUAUGGAGGUUGUCGGUCUGGAGGAGCAAGGACAGAAUUUUGUACGGCAGACGGCAGAAGGCCAGGAAACGGCUGAACCAGAUGAGCUCUACACGAUCCCGAAUGCUUUGAAGCGCAGUGACUCUCCCACAGCUGACUCUGAUGCAUCGUCACUGCAUGAGCCACCGCAACAGAUUGCAAUAAAAGUGUCGGUUCACCCGCUGUCCAAAAAGGACUGCAUGGACGGUCAGUCACAGGAAAGCGUGCAGUUGGAUACCAAGGAAGAAGACCUUCAUCAAACACCAGCACUUCCAGCAGAGCCCGCUCCUGAGCCUUCUGCCGAACUGAGUUCUGAUGACACAGCAUUGGCAAAUGACACGUGUGUUAUAUAUGAAAGCCAUGUAUGAUAGUUACUCCUGAAUCUAUGCAUAGCAGGAAAAUCAGGUGGAGCUCUUUUAAAAAUACAUAUUGUACUUGCCGCUAAGCCUUACCAGGAGACUAUCAUAGCAAAGCAUGUAUGUGGAUUAUUGGCACUUUCUUCUCUGUUUGACUCUAAUUUAUCAUGAUGUAUGGCAGAGUAAUUGCUAAUACAUUAAUACUAUUUGCUCUUUUGGAUUAGGAGUAUUUCCAAGAAACAUUUACCUCAGCGUUCUCUAGGCUGGAGUCACCUGUAGUGGCCACCUGGAAGUCACUGGUAGUAUUUGAUGUAGGACAUCGAACUUCCUGAACACAAAACAGGUUUUCAUUUUCUUCCUUCACAGUCAUUAUUUUCCAUUAUUUGGCAAAUACUGUCUGGUGAAUUUGAAUUAUUGCCCAAGAGGCAGCGCUCCCGUAGCCAAAUAAAGUCCUAAUAGAUUACUUUUACAAA